AUGACUCCCCGACCUACUGUCCAAUUAGAAACACUUGUUAAAAGGAGAGAAAAAUAUUUUGCUAGACUACAAGCUCUAUAUGAUGUUGGCAAAAAAUGUAUACAAUUAGCUCAACAAAAACAAAGCUACACUGCUGAGUUAGACUCUUUUGUUUCUCGCUUCCAGCGAAUCGAAGAUGAUUAUGAGGCUUUUGAGCAAGUAUCUGACGAAAUAAACAUUGCAAACACUCAGGUAGAAGAGGGUGAAAAAAUUGAUGUUACUAAAGCUUCAUUGGCGUAUGAUGAGAUUUAUUUCAAUGUGAAGACAAUUGCUCGUAAGAUGAAUGUAGGGAAUUUAAAUACACAAAGUAAACCGGAAACUACUCAAUCAUCUGUCCCAACACAAUCUUCUCAAGUAGCGAGACUACCAAAACUGGAAAUUGAACCAUUUGAUGAAUCAAUUACAGCUUGGCCAAACUUUUAUGCCCUCUACACCUCUAUGAUCCAUAAGAACGCUUGCCUAACCAAGGUAGAAAAACUUACAUAUUUACGUAGUUUACUAAAAUCUCACGCACUCUCUCUUAUUGACACUCUAGCAAUAUCAGAAGACAACUAUGAUAUUGCCAUGCAAAUUCUAAUUGAACGAUACCAGAAUAAAAGAUUAUUAGCUUCAAGUUAUCUUGACAAAAUAUUAUCUUUUCGCCAAAUGACAGAGGAUUCAACUAACUCUUUCUCAAACUUCAUGGAAGUAUUCAACAGUAAUUUGUCAGCUGUGAAGGUUCUUGACAUUGACGAUUUAUUUGAUUUCACUAUGCUCCACAUUGGUUUACGCUCUUUGACACCAAGUACUCGUAAGGAUUUUGAAAGCCAUCAUUCAAGUAAUGAUAUCCCAAAGUUUGAAGACCUUAUCAAAUUUGUCCAACAACAGCUCAAAAUUCUAGAAAUCACUAAUGAUCCCAAGGGAAAAUCAAAACCUCACAAACCUACCCAGUUCUCUAAGCCAUCAAGCUCUCGCAGUGCAAUGCUCUCUACUGUGAAUACAAUUCACUACGAUAAAGGGAAGAAUGCUUCAUUAACGUGCCCGUGCUGUCAGGACAUCUCUCACAAGAUUUAUGGUUGUUCAAAAUUUAAAGGCAUGAGUGUAGCGCAACGAUAUGAUCAAGCUAAAAAGAGUGCCUUAUGUUUUUCUUGCCUCGGAUCUCACAUGAUAUCUGAUUGUAAAUCUAAGUCUAAGUGUUUCAAAUGCUCUGGUAAACACCACACUCUCCUACAUCGUUCAGAUAACAGUCAAGUGACAGAGUCUAAGCCUAAUGCUGGAAAUAAUGUAGAACCUAAGACUUGCCACUACACUAAUACUUGUUCAAGUACAAACAUGCUACUGAGUACUGCUAUUAUUGGCAUCCGUGAUAACGAUGGUGAACUAAAACAGGUAAGGGCCAUCAUCGAUGGAGGGUCACAAACUAGUUUAAUUACUACAGAAUGUGUUGAACGCCUUGGUCUAAAAAGACGUUACAGCAAAAUUACGCUUAUGGCUGUAGCUAAUACAUCUGUCUCCCAAAACAAAGGCUCUGUAAUGUGCAGUAUAAGCCCAAUCUCUACACCUGAAACUGAAUUGACAACUGAAGCGAUAGUGGUACCUAAAAUUUCUUCUGAUCAACCUAACAUCCAAUUAGAUCGCUCUGUACAGUCAAAAUUCUCUAAUUUAAAGCUAGCUGAUCCCACUUUUGACCAAAGUGCACCCAUUGAUUUUUUGUUAGGAUCUGACUUGUACUAUGAUAUUAUUCUGGACUCACACAAUAUAAUCAAAGGUCAACCUUCCGCUUUGGCAACCAUAUUUGGAUGGAUUAUUGGUGGCAAAGUACCAAGCAUUUCUUCUACAAAUGAAAACUCAUACUUUCUGACCUGCUGUGAGUCUGUAGAUAAAUCAAUCAAAAGAUUUUGGGAAACAGAGUCAGUAAACACUAAGAAACCUAUCAAUCCUGAAGACAUUGAGACUGAAAAUCAUUUUCAAACUACUCAUUUUCGUGAUGAAACAAAUAGAUACGUAGUUUCACUGCCUGUAAGAUCAGACAACAUUUCGUUACCUAACACAAGAGAAAUCGCUAAGCACCGUCUAAUAAAUUUAGAAUCAAGACUGAAGAAAACCCCAACGAUGUAUCAGGAGUAUAGGGACUUUUUGAAUGACUACAUUGCUCAAGGUCACAUGAGCAUUGCGACUACCCCCUCUACGUACAUCAUCCCUCAUCACUGUGUAAGGAAAGAAGAUAGUAGCACUACCAAACUCAGAGUAGUUUUCAAUGCCUCUUUCAAACCUAAAAAUGAUGAUAAGUCAUUAAAUGACAAUUUGUUCCCAGGUCCUAAGCUGCAAAAGGAUAUAACUGAAAUUAUAACAAACUUUCGUCUUCAUUCCAUUGUUGUGUGUUCAGAUAUUAAGCAGAUGUAUAGACAGAUUGUUGUAGCUCCUGAGCAACGGAGUUUGCAACACAUAUUUUACAGAACCUUACCAAAUGGACCUAUUGAGGAGUAUGAACUCAACGUUCCCACGUAUGGUGUCACAUCAAGUGCAUUCCUAGCCCAGCGAGUUUUGUUGCAGCUUGUCAAAGAUUUUUCGUUUUGA